UCAGCUGCUCCUUGAGAUAAAAGCUGAGGUAUAAAACCAGUAGAAGGAUCAGGUUAAACAAAGAACAACCAUGAAGUUCUCUUUGCUUAUGGUUGUGAUCUCUACCACACUUGUGAUGGCUCAUGUUCGCUUUGACAGGGAGAAGGUAUUCCGAGUGGAGCCCCAGGAUGGAAAGCAAGCAAGCGUCUUGAAGGACUUGACCCAAACCAUUAAGCUUGAUUUCUGGUAUCCAGAUGCUACUCAUGAUGUCGCUGCUAAUAUGACAGUGGAUUUCCGUGUUAGUGAGAAGGAUUCUCAAACUAUCCAGUCUAUCUUGGAACAACAUAAAAUGAACUAUGAAAUUCUGAUACACGAUCUACAAGAAGAGAUUGAGAAACAGUUUGAUGUGGCUGAUGAAGUCUCAGGCAGGCACAGCUAUGCAAAAUACAAUGACUGGGGCAAGAUUGUUUCUUGGACUGAAAAAAUUGUAGAGAAGUAUCCUGAAAUGGUCUCAAGAAUCAAAAUUGGAUCAACUUUUGAAGAUAAUCCGUUAUAUGUUCUCAAGAUUGGGAAAAAAGAUGGAGAAGGAAAGGCUAUCUUCAUGGACUGUGGCAUUCAUGCACGAGAAUGGGUCUCCCCAGCUUUCUGUCAAUGGUUUGUCUAUCAGGCCACUAAGAGUUAUGGAAAAAACAGAAUCAUGACCAAACUCUUGGACCGGAUGACUUUUUACGUUCUGCCUGUAUUCAAUGUAGAUGGGUAUAUUUGGUCAUGGACUCAGGACCGAAUGUGGAGAAAAAACCGUUCCAAGAACAAGAAUUCUACCUGCAUUGGAACUGACCUCAACAGGAACUUUGAUGUUUCAUGGAACUCUUCUUCAAACACCGCAAACCCAUGCCUGCAUGUAUACAGGGGCCCUGCAGCAGAGUCUGAAAAAGAGACAAAAGCUGUCACUAACUUCAUUCGAAGACAUAAGAACUCAAUCAAGGCUUAUAUCACCUUUCAUUCCUACUCCCAAGUGCUAUUAUUUCCGUAUGGCUACACAUCCAAACUGCCACCCAACUAUGAUGAUCUGUUAAAGGUCUCAAGAAUUGCAACUGAUGUUCUCUCAACUAGAUAUGAAACCCGUUACACCUAUGGUCCAAUAGCAUCAAUAAUGUAUCCAACAUCAGGUUCUUCUUUAGACUGGGCUUACAAAGCAGGCAUCAAGCACACAUUUGCCUUUGAGCUCCGUGAUAAAGGCAAAUUUGGUUUUCUUCUUCCAGAAUCCCAGAUAAAGCCAACAUGCAAGGAAACCAUGCUUUGCGUAAAAUUUAUUGCUAAGUAUAUCCUCAAGCAAUCUUCCUAAUGAAUUGCCUUUGGUUUGGAAUGUACAAUUAAUCCUUUCAGGGAAGCUUUCCCUGAAAAGGCAAACUUCUGCAUCACCUGAAUCCAUCCUCUCCUUGCUCAUGAAGUCCUGCAUUGAUUUCUUCAUGUUCUUAUUUACUUCCAAUAGCACCAAAACAAUAUAACUUUGAGUAAAUGCAUUGAACU